UCUGUUCUCUCUCUCUCCAUCUUCUCCUUCACAUUCUCUAACCAAAUUCUUCUCUUAUGGCAUUAACCCUUUUGUCUCACGAAGUAUCUGACCUCUGUAUCGGUAAGCCACCUUUACGUUGUCUCUCCGUCGUCACAGCCACCGUCGCUGACGCCAUCGCCGCUCUCAAAUCCUCUGAUGAACCAUACCUCACCGUAUGGAGCUGUAAUCACGAUGAAAAAACAGAGGAUAAUGAUAAGUGUGAGUGUUUGGGUAAGAUCUGUAUGGCUGAUGUAAUCUGUUACCUAUCGAAAUUCGACAACAAUGUUUUGUCUCUUUCCUCUGCUUUCGACGAAUCUGUCUCUGUUCUUCUUCCCAAAUCUCGUUCUCUCGUCGUCCAUGUUCAAUCUUCUUGCAAUUUGAUUGAAGCUAUUGAUCUGAUAAUCAAAGGAGCUCAGAAUCUGAUUGUUCCGAUUCAGACGAAAUCAAUCACAAAGAGAAGACAACAACAAAAACUUUUGACAAGAAACGUCGUCGUUUCACUCACCAACACAACUUCAACAACACACAAGAACAGCCGACAAUUCUGCUGGAUCACACAAGAAGAUAUAAUCCGAUUCCUUCUCGAUUCCAUUAGCGUUUUCUCUCCAUUACCGUCGCUUUCUAUCUCCGAUCUUGGAGUUAUCAAUAGUACACACACUAUCCUCGCCGUUGAUUAUUACUCCUCCGCUGCUUCCGCCGUCUCCGCCAUCUCUCGUGCUAUCUUGGACAAUGUCUCUGUCGCGGUUGUUGAUAAAGGAUGUGAUCAAGAAGAUCCAUGUAUGGCUUUGAUAGGUGAGAUUUCACCGAUGACACUCGCUUGUUGCGAUGAAACAGCAGUAGCAGCUGUUGCUACACUCUCUGCCGGAGAUUUGAUGUCGUAUAUCGACGGUAGUGGUCCGCCAGAGAGUCUAGUUGGGGUUGUUAGGAAUCGUUUGGAAGAUAAAGGGAUGGUUGGAUUGAUCUCACUCAUUGAUUCUUUGUCGUUGUCGUCCGGGUCUUCGUCGGAUGAAGAAUCUCCGGCGGGGAGGACGAGAAUGACGUCUUCGUAUGGGAGGUCGGUUAGUAGCGCGGCGAGGAUGGCGAGGAAAUCGGUGGCGAUAGUGUGUAAUCGGAAGAGUUCGUUAAUGGCGGUGAUGAUACAAGCUAUUGCUCAUAGAGUGAGUUAUGUGUGGGUGAUUGAUGAAGAUGGUUGUUUGAUUGGUAUGGUUACUUUUGUUGAUAUAUUGAAACUUUUUAGGGAAUUUUUGGAUGGUGAAAACUAAAAUCAUAUGAUAUAGUUCAGUUUUAUUUUGAUUUUUGUUAGAAAUUAUUGAAACCUAGCUACAAAAAUUGUUUGUUUAAGAUAAUCUUUUGGUGAAAUAGGCCAUAAUACAAAGUUCUUGCAAUA